CUGAGAGGGUUAAUAGCUCAGCAGUCGUUCUGUAUCACGAGGGGUCUGUGAUGUGUCAUGUAAACAGGAAACAGGAAGUAGUACCUGUUGCUAUUAUGUUCUGGAAUAUAUGACACCGUAUGUUUUAAUUCUGUCUGUUGUGUCGCAGUUUUCAGCCGGGAUGCAGCAAAAUACUCCGGGCUGUUAACCUUAAUAAAUCUUCUCUGUUUUAAUGAACAAAGGAGUCAAAGUGAGUUAUUUUCUCAGGCACGCAAGAGCACUGAAAGCUGGAUAAGACUUUCGCUGCAAUUAGACUGUUAUCUAAACUUCAGAGGGAAAUUCCUGGACCGUUUAGAAAUCAGGCUUGACUUUUGAACGAGAAGGAAGCGUGCUGGGCAAGGAGUUUUUACAACGCUUCUACAACACAGCUAAUAGUUGUGUUUAUAGUUGUUUACCAAUUGGAGUAUUGGACAACAACAUUCUACAUUCCACAGGUUAUGGGGGCAAUAAAUUCAGCUUUCACGUGUUUAUGAAGUGCUUUGGAAAGACUGCUGCUGUUUUGAAAGCCGUAAAAAUUCCAGCUUGGAGACAUAUCUCGCUGGCAACCCGUAAAUCUUCUCUUCCGGAGGGUCUGCUGAAGGAGACUCCAGCCGUUGGAUACGCUGAAAGCAUUGAGGAAGAAACCCAAGUUUCUCGGGCAACCCAAGGCGAGCAGGACAACUACGAGAUGCAAGUCAGAGCUGCAAAUAUUGUUCGGGCUGGUGAGUCUCUUAUGAAGCUUGUCUCUGACCUAAAACAGUUCCUGAUCCUCAAUGUCUUCCCUUCCGUCAACGAAGCCAUCAACCAGCGGAACCAGCAGUUGCGCAGCCUUCAGGAGGAAUGUGAUAAGAAGCUUAUUGCCCUGCGUGAUGAGAUCUCAAUAAACCUCUAUGAGCUGGAGGAAGAAUAUUACUCUUCCAGGUACAAAUGAAGCCAUGGACGGUUCCCCUGUAGUAACCACAACAAUUUCCUGUUUCUGACAUGGGGGUGGGGUGCGGUGUGUGUGUGAAAAUAACAACUGUCCUUGUUUUAAAAAGCAUCCCUAAAUUCCUAGCACCCAAAGAAUCCAGGCCCCAAAGUCGUUUUAUUGAGUACUUCAUGUUUGACGUGAGAUGUGGCCAUUUUGGAGGGCAAGCACACCAUGUAACUAGGACUUUCUCCACAGAGAUGUGGAGGUGAGCUUCUCUCCUGCCCCCUCAUCGGCAUUGUGAUCUUGUCACUUAAAUGACUUGCAAACAGGAACAGCUAUUGGAUCUUGAACUGCCCAGGGUACCCUAAUCACUAGUCAGUGUAAACUGCAAUCCUAACCAUGUCUAACUCAGAAUUAAAUGGGGUUUGUUCCUACCUAAGUUGGAUUAAACUGCUUUGAAGCUUUUUUUACAAUCAAGUGGUGUAUAAAUUUUAUGAAAUAAAUAAUAAAU